AGACAAAUAACCAAUUCUGCAGUUGCGGGUUUGUUCGUUAACUAUAAAAUCAAAAACACAUAAAGAGUAUCAAAUAUUAUGAUUUUCAUUUAGUACUGCGGGUGUGUGCUAAUGCUAAGAAUUUUGCAAUUGAGGCUGUAUAGAGAAGACGAGACAUCCCCUGAUGCGCGUGCCCCACAUAUAAUGUGUGGGGGAUGUGCAAGAGCGCGGGAGAUCACGUAACGUCUCUCUCUCGCAAUGUUAGAUGGCCCAAACUCAUUGAGACUUUUCCAGGUUCCUCGUUAGUUCUCCGAGACAUGGCAGGCCAUUCACAUGCACUGCCCAUCCCGUUAUCAGCUGCGGUGAGUGCUCUAAGGAAGUGAAGAAGAGGAUUCCUUCUGCUCAGUGAGUGCGUGCAGUGUCGUGCGUGGGUGUGCUGAUUUAUUUUUCAUUUGAUUUUUUCCUUGUGUACAAAUUGUGCAAAAAAAAAAAAUAAAAUAAAAAUGGAGCCCUCAGGGCGCUUCGUACAGCAUCCCCGGACUUCCAGCCAAUCUCCUUCUUCACAAGCAAUCACUGCUGGAGCCUCUGAGUGCGAUUCAUCGCAGCUGCAUUGUUGGAUGUCACAGCAUCAUACAUGAGGACUCAUCUACUAUACACUUCUCCUGUUGUGCUUGAAAAUAAAAUAAAAUGUGUUUUUCUUUGUGAAAAGAAAAAAAAAUAUUCACUGUGAAUUUGAAAGGACUGAGAAGUGAACAACUUUUCUCUCAUCUUUGUGCAACUAUAUAUUACCUACACUACAUAGCUCUUCACCAUCAGCUCAACUAAUGAUUUAACUUGGAUAUGUGGAGAAAAAGGAACUUUCUCACACCCACAAUAUGAUGUGAAGUGAAUUAUAAAAUGAAAAUUCAGUGUUUGUGUAUGACAAGUGCCAAAGGGUAGUGGGUGAAAAAAUGCUACAAGAAAACACGGAAAAUGUUAAAAAAUAGCGUUAGGAGAUGAACGUUUUUUCCUUAUAGUUUAUUUUUCUUUGUAUCCAUACAUAGUAAUAGAAGGAAACGGAGAGUUAACGUGUGAAAAGUAAUUAAUUUUUUUGGGAAUGUUCUACAACAAAAAAGGUGCUUCAAAAAGAGAUGAUAUAUCUGUGGUGACGUGUGGGUGUGGGGUCAAUUAAAUGUGGUGCAAUGCUGCCAAAAUAAAUAAAUAAAAAAGGAAGUAAAGAAAAAAUAAUAAUAAUUUCACAAAAAAGGUGCUAGAAAAUUUUCAUUUUGAGUGAAAAAACACGACGACGACGCUAUUUAUACAUAGAGAGAGUGAGAACUUGGGUGUCAAAAGGCAUCUACCCGUGUGUGGAAAGUUUUGUGCGAACGAGAAUCAUGGCGAGGACAUCGAAGAUGCCAAAGGAAAAGCAUGGGCGGGAAAGGAAGCAAAAAGAUUUGUUGCAGAAGGAUGAGGUGAUGACAGAUGUGGACUUGGAUAUGUGGGAGGAUGAGGGUAAAUUCACGGCAGUGAGCUCGCAAGUGCCACUCUCCGGUGGUGCAGACGAUACCAAUGCAGAGACUGAUACGUUUCCUGAACGAGGAAAUUGGACGGGAAGAUUUGAUUUUCUUCUCUCACUACUCGGAUACUCUGUUGGGUUGGGAAAUGUAUGGAGAUUUCCCUAUUUGGCCUACAAUAAUGGCGGUGGUGCUUUUCUCAUCCCCUUCUGCAUUAUGUUGGUCAUUGCUGGGCUUCCGCUCAUGUUUAUGGAACUAUCAUUCGGACAAUUUGCUGCUCUGGGUCCUGUGGCCAUCUACAAGCGCUUCUGCCCACUAAUGCGAGGCUUGGGUUACGGUAUGAUCAUCGUAUCAGCUGUGGUGAUGCUCUACUACAAUCUCAUCAUUGGCUGGACCAUCUUCUACAUGGUGGCAUCAUUCACAAUGGGUGAACUCCCAUGGCAGAGUUGCAAACCCGAAUGGAGUACAGAGUAUUGCUAUUCAUACGCAAAAGCGGAUCUAUGUGAGGCAAUUAAUGGUACUUACUACUUGAGGACGUGCUACAACACAACAAUGCUCGAUGAAGCAUCAAAUAUCACCAAAUUGGCCAGUGAAGUGCAAAAGAAACCACCCGCAGAGGAAUACUUCACGCGACACGUGCUGGGACUUUCAGAUGGCAUCGAAGAGACGGGAAAUAUAAAAAUCAGUCUUGCACUGUGUCUCCUCGUAGCGUGGAUCAUUGUCUUUCUCUGCCUGUGCAAAGGUGUUCAAUCAUCGGGAAAGGUUGUCUACUUUACAGCCCUUUUCCCGUAUUUGGUUCUUGUGAUUCUCUUUGUACGCGGUGUUACCCUACCAGGAGCUUCCACGGGUAUCUUGUUCUAUUUAACACCAGAUUGGACUCAAUUGUGCAAUGCACAAGUUUGGGGUGAUGCUGCUGUGCAGAUCUUUUUUGCCCUUAGUCCAGCCUGGGGUGGCCUAAUUACACUCUCGUCGUACAACAAAUUCACCAAUAAUUGCUACAAAGAUUCAUUAAUUGUGGCUUUCUCAAAUAUUGCCACAUCCUUCUUUGCGGGACUUGUUAUCUUCUCCAUCAUUGGCUUCUUGGCACACGAAUUGCAUGAGGAUGUGAAAGAAGUUGUUGAUCAAGGAGCUGGCUUGGCGUUCAUUGUGUACCCGGAAGUUGUAACACGCCUCCCUGUUGCUCCUGUUUGGUCAAUUCUCUUCUUCGUGAUGCUUCUAACACUCGGUUUGGAUUCACAGUUCGCCUUGAUGGAAACGGUCACAACGGCUAUUCUGGAUAAAUUCCCAAAAUUGCGUCAAUUGAAAAUUUGGGUGGUGCUCUUUGUAGCUGUUGUUGGCUACAUCGGUGGACUAGGCUUUACCACCAAUAGUGGUAUGUAUUGGUUGCAACUUAUGGACAAGUAUGCCGCCAAUUGGUCUGUUCUCCUAAUUGCCAUCAUUGAAUGCGUCCUCAUAUCAUGGCUGUAUGGUUCAGAACGAUUUCUAAGUGAUAUUCAGAGUAUGAUUGGAAAGAGAUCGAGAAUGUGGAAUCUCUUUUGGUCAUGGAUGUGGAGAGCUAUAACACCUCUAGCUCUUCUGUUUAUACUCUUUUUCAAUUGGGUUGAGUAUAAGCCAGCCUCGUAUGGACACUACGUGUACCCCUUGUGGGCCGAUGCAAUAGGAUGGAUUAUUGGUCUUCUACCUGUUCUUGUGAUCAUUGUUGCAGCUAUUCUGCAAAUAAUUCAAGCACCUCGUAAUUUAACAUUUAUUGAGAAAAUAAAACUUCUCACGAAACCUACACCGGAAUGGGGUCCAGCUGGGAAUCCACGAUUUAUUGAUACAUCAACGCAACGGUAUGAGAACGUCCCGAGUACAGUGGUGCUAGUGAAUGGGUUGCCAAUUGAUGGGAAUGGAAUGCGGACGAUGUUCGACGAGGACGAAGGACUGCAGCUCUGAGAACGAGCUCUGGUUCCAUCGUCUUCGGCAGCAUCACAGAGAAUUCCCGGUGGAGCUCAACCCCUAACUGCUGCUGCUGCUGCUGAAAAUGAUGGUAACCAGAGAACUAGUGAACCAGUGAAAAACCCUCCGAUAAAUGUGACGGAACCCACCGUGGGUAUCCUCAAGGGAGUACGUGCCAUAAAGGCUGGCCCUACGGCAACAGAUAGUCCCAGUAGACAACCACUAAUACGGAAUGAGGGCAAUGGUAGUGAUCAAAAGUCAAGCAGUCGACCAAAAACACACCAUAGCAAGAAUAAUUAAAAGAGAAAAAAACCAAAAGAAGUUCGUAAAAUAUUUUAGAUAGGCUUCGUGGAUGCCAAAUUAAUUGAAUAACAAACCAUCUGUGUAAGGACCUCGUAAUGCAAUUUUCAAAUACGAAAGCGUGCGUGCAUUAAGUUCUUUCCUCUUGCAUAUUGCUGGGAAAAUUUAUGCAACCUUCCCCCCCCCCCACCCCAUCAAAUUAAAAUGAGCGAAGGUAAUCAGCAUGAAUAAACAUACUUGAGAGACAGAGGAUGUUGAAUAUUGAUGUUCCUCGUUACAUAUAUACAUAUACAUACAUACAUAUGUGGGAGCUAAAAUUGAAUUUUUAGCUUUAUAUAGGAAUUUUUUGGUGUAAUUUUUGAAUGAAUAGAAUUGAUGUAAAUAAAAGUAUUUUUUCAUAAUUUUUAGAGAAUUUUUUUUCUGAAGAAUGUGUACCUAUUAUAUACAAAAAAUAUACAUAAAUAUGAUGAAUGUAUUUUGUCCAAAUGUACCUACACGUUAUUAGAAAAAACAAAAUAAAUUAUUAAAAAAAAAUGUUUAGAAACCAAGAAAAAAGAAAUCAGUAUUAAAUGUUGAACAAAUGGCAAAAAAAAAAGAUUUUAGAGUCAAUGUUAGAGGGAACUAUGUACCAAAACUGUAAAGAAACAUUACAUAAUAUCUAUACAAAUGUAACGAUAAAAAAACACCCCAAAAUAAUCACAAAGAAGUAGAGAAAAUUGUCACAAUUUGAAUGGAAGUACCUAUCUAAAAGAAUUUUUUAAUGAAUCUCUUUAAUGAGGUUUUAAAAAAUAUAAAAGUGUCUCUUUUCAUUUUCAGACAGAAUAGAAAUACUUUUAUUGAUCAAAUAAUACAAAGAUUUGCUGACAGAAUACCACAAAAAAAAACACAAAAACCUUUUGAAAUUUUUCUUUAAAAUGUGGCAAGAAGUUCUUUAAAUUCAAGUUGUGACCGUUAUAAAACGAACCAUAAAAAAUAUAUGUGUGUACCUGCGUAAGAAAACUAUCAGAAAAUAUGUAGCAGGGCUGAAGAAGUUAUCCUUUCCGAAUAUAUACAUAUUUUAUAAAAUCCAUAUAAAAUGAACUGGAAAAUACAAAGAAUGUCGGCUUUAGAUUGAAAGGUACAAAGAAAAAAAAAUGAAACUACAAAAAAUGCUUUCUGUAUUUAGAAGCGAAUAAGGGAUAAGAUUUAGUUGAGUCGUUUAUUUAUGUGAGAGUCAAUGUUAACAGAAUAUUAGCAAAAUUUUCCUUCCUUUCCAAAUAAAAUUGAAAAAAAAAUACGAAUUAUCGACGGAAUAAAAUUUAAAAGAAAUUUUUGAAUUUCGAAAGAAAAAAUUUCAAAAAAAAAUUUGAAACAGGGCAUGGAAAUUGGAAUAUAUCACCAAAAUAUAUCAAUUUUAUCAAAUUAUGUAUAUUUGAAAUUGAUCGAAAAUCUAAAUAUACAUUUUAUUCAUUGAAUGAUAUCAAAAAAAAAUUAAUUCGGGAAAAGAAUUCACAAUAUAAGUUUUUUCUGAAAUUAUUUCCAAAAAAAACGAAAGAAAUCAUUUUGAAGAUCAGUAAUUUGAAAUUAAUGAUCUUAUUAAUUUAAUUUAGAAGAUAUCACCUUUAAUAAGUGAAAAAAAUCAAGUGAGGAUUUAUAUUGUAAUUAGACAAUAAAAAAUGGAAAGUGAGAUGAAUAUUUUAAUGAGAAAUGAACUAAAAGAAUUGUUGCCAAAAUAGUUUUGAGAAAUCUUGUUGAACCUUGAUGAGCUUAAAAGAAAAAAGUCUUAAUGACAACACUAAGAGAAAAAGAAACUAAUAUUUUUUAAAGGUAAAUUAAAAAUAAGAACUGAUUUAUUUUUGUAAAGAAAAAAGAAAAUAAACCCAUCGUAAAGUGACUUAGAUGUAUGCAACGUCCAAAAAUCUAUAUAUAUAUAUAGCAUUCAGCACCAUGUUAGAGAUCCAAAAUGAAAUUAAAAAAAAACAAAGAUAAAAAGUAUAUAGAAGAGAAUGUGUUUAAAAAAAAUGUUUGAUUUUUUUGAGAGAGAUUUAAUUUGCAGAGUUAUUAAAAUAAAAGAUAAAUAUAUAAAUAACUGUUGAUGAGAUGGAUGUUCUAACGUACCUAAAUACAUAAGUUAAUAUCCCACCCUUGCCCCCCCUCCACCAUUUUAGAGUCUAUAUGAAGUGUUAAUAGUUGUCCCACUAAAGAGAACACCGCAACAUAUUUAAUUUACAUUGUUAGAUAUCGUGUCGAAAAAGAAAAAAAGAAGCUAAAGAAAGAAAUGUAAAAUAUUUUAAGUCAAUAAAUUAAAUGAAAAAUUU